CAUUUUUAUUACAUCCACCACAAACCGUAAACAGUGUGGUGAUCGGUUCCCGUUAUUUGGGUAGACAGGCCGGGGAUCCAUCCAGGAAGCUUGUUUCGAGACCAGAGGGAAGCAGUAACAAGCAGGACCGCUACCUUGUGCCUGUUCCUGGCGGAGCACACACUGACCACACACUUCUGUAUCAUCAUGCACUUCCUGUCCACAUGGGCUGCUCUUCUGUGUCUGGCUGGGACUGCAGCAGCGAUUCAGAUCCCCCAGGAAGUGUUUCUGGAUAAGCAGCAGGCGUCUUCGCUGAUCUCCCGCCAGAAGAGGAACUCCGGAUCAUCCUCCACCUUGGAGCAGGCCUGCAUGGAGAAGGUCUGCACCUAUGAGGAGGCCAGAAAGUUCUUCCAGGAUUCCUACCGCACGGAUAUCUUCUGGUCAGUCUACAUUGAUGGAGACCAGUGUGCAGAAAACCCCUGCAAAAAUGGAGCCAUGUGUUCAGACAGUGUUGGCGGCUACGAUUGUGUCUGCAAGUCGGGUUUCAUCGGAGUCCACUGUGAAAACGACCAGACUCUUUGCACCUUAGAAAAGGACAAGGGCUGCUCGCAGUUCUGUAAACCAGGAUACACAUCAUACGAGUGUUCCUGCGCCCGCGGAUGGAAGCUCAACCCUACGGACAAGGACAAGUGUGUGCCAGCAGCCACAUUCCCCUGUGGUAAACUGAACAGUCUGAGCCAGUGGAACAACAGACAAUCUACCAACGCCCGCAAUAACUUUGAAGGACUCACCUGCACCACUAAUGAAUGUCCCUGGCAGGCUCUGCUGAAGAGUACAGUGUCCGCAGGUUACUGUAGUGGAGUCAUACUGAAGGAGAACCUGGUCUUGACUUCAGCUCAGUGUGCCAACAAAUACAGUUCCUUCCAGGUGGUAGUCGGCAAGCGCAGCACCAAUGACGAUGGAGAACAGACGCUGUAUGUAAAAGUCACCCAUGUCCAUCCUCGCUAUGUGGAAGGGCGUCCUGAAAAUGACCUCGCUGUGAUUGAGCUCCGUGACCGCAUCAUCUUUAAGAAAAAUGUAUUCGCUGUCUGUUUGCCCGAAAGAGACUUUGCUGAGAGCAUCUUGAUGUCGGGAGAGCUUCCAGCUGUUGUCACUGGCUGGAAGGAAACCAAGCAAGUUUCUGCUUUCCAGGGCCCGCUUACCCUUAACCUUCUGGAGUACAGCAAGCUGCCUCAGUGUAUGGUCGCACACCCUAACCUGAUGACCAAUAAAAUGGGCUGCACUUCUCCACGUGCCAAUGCUGAUUGCACCAUGAGCUCCGGCAGCCCCCUGCUCACCUUGUACAGGGAGGUGUUCUUCCUCACUGGGGUGGUGAGCCAGGUGGAAGCAGCUAGCUGCAGCAACGGCUACAUUUUCCAAAAAGUGUCACGCCACCUCGGCUGGCUGCAGUCACUCAUGGGUACAAGUUAGGUGGGGUAGUCGGGGAACACAUGCAGGUAAUUUAUUGAUUGUGGAUUUUGGCAAACAAGGAAAUAUGAUGAACAUUUCUUUUCCUGUUAGUUUAAACUCAUCCUUAGCUUUGGUGUGUCUUUUAAGAGUAAUCCAUAACAACAUGCUGUGGACACUGUAGUCUCCAUCUAAAUGAGUCAUUUUCUCUGUGCACUUCCUCAUGUAUCCACUAGGUGUCACUGUGUUAUCAACAUUAUUGCAUGCAUCUAACAUCCAGAGGCAGUAAGAUCUGAAUUAUUCAGCACGUGUUUGUGAUGUGAACAUACCUUUAAAUAACUUUUAAGUGAUCUUAUUUUAGCAACAGCUGUACCGGUUGACAUGCACCUUAUAAGCUCCUGGUUAUCAGUGUUUUAUGAAUGUAAUAAACCAUAACACCACA